GAUGUUUCCAUACUGCACCCUCCAAGAAGCACUGCCCCCUGUGUGAAAUUCCUGACUGCCGGGGUGCUUCCUCCGGUCACCGAGGGCUGCUUCCCUGCUGUAUCCAACCGUGUGCUCCUGGGCCAGACUGUCACCAUAACCUCUGGAUAAAUGACCGACUCCUGGAGGGAUAUCUGCAUAUAAAGGUAGUGGCACAAAUGGGUUUCUGAGGUGAGGGAGAGGAAGAGGAGGAAGAGGAGGAGGCCACAGAGAAACCAGGGACUUUCCUGCCUAGAAAGAAGCUGCUCUCCAGCUCCACCAGAGACAGAAGUGAGGACAGGUUGAUGUUUCCUCACCGGGCGCCCCCAGGGUCGCUUUCAAGCCUGACCGCCGACAGCUCGCCGCCUCCGUCAACCUCGUGAGCGAGCCGGUCCAUCGCCUCCAGCUCAUCGACAGCCCGCCGCUCCUGCCAGCGGAACCAGCCCAGCAGCCUCAGCCCCCCCAAGCCCGGCAGCAGCGGGGCAGGACCGCACCGCCAUGGACACAGAGUCCACCUACUCGGGUUACUCCUACUACUCGGGACGCUCCCGGGGAUCCCACAGGCACGGGGAGCGAAGCCGGGACCGCCACAAGUCCCGCAGUAAAGACAGCCGCUCAGAAAAGUCUGUUACAAUUACCACGCCGCCCGCAGAGCCGCUGCUGGGCGACUCGUCCGUUCGGGGUGAGCAGGUCCAGGAUGACAACUGGGGCGAGACCACCACGGCCGUCACGGGCACGUCGGAGCACAGCCUCUCCCAGGAGGACAUCGUCCGCAUCACCAAGGACCUGGAGGACAGCGUGGGGCUCGACUGCCGCCGCUACUUCACGCUGACCUUGGCCGUGAUCAUGGGCCUGCUGGUGUUCCUGACGCCGCUCGCCUUCCUGGCGCUCCCCCACCUCCUCUGGCCGGAGAAGCUGCAGACCUGCGGCACGGCGUGCGAGGGCCUCUUCAUCUCCGUGGCCUUCAAGCUGCUCAUUCUGCUGCUGGCCGUCUGGGCGCUCUUCUUCAGGCCGCCGCGGGCUGGCCUCCCGCGGGUCUUCGUGUUCCGGGCGCUGCUCGCCGUGCUGGUGCUGCUCUUCGUGGUCUCCUACUGGCUGUUCUACGGCGUCAGGAUACUCGACUCACAGGACGAGAACUACCAGGGCAUCGUGCAGUACGCCGUGUCGCUGGUGGACGCUCUGCUCUUCAUCCACUACCUGGCCAUCGUGCUGCUGGAGCUCCGGCAGCUCCAGCCGUGCUUCUCCGUGUGCGUGGCGCGCUCCACCGACGGCGAGAUGAGGCACUACAACCUGGGACAGCUCAGCAUCCAGCGGGCGGCCCUGGCCAUCUUGGAGCACUACUACUGCGACUUCCCGGUGCACAACCCGGCGCUGCUGUCCGCCUCCAAGUCCCGCGCCGCCAAGCACCUGGCCGGCCUCAAGGUCUACAACGUGGAUGGUGAGUUCCCAGCAGCCCCGGCUGAUGGUCCGGGGAACAACGCAGCAGCAGCAUCAGCAGGAAUGGCCCACUCCCAGUCCCGGGCCAUGAUCGCCGCCGCCGCCCGCCGCCGAGACACCAGCCACAACGAGCUGUACUACGAGGAGGCGGAGCACGAGAGGCGCGUUCGCAAGCGCAAAUCACGACUGGUGGUGGCGGUGGAGGAGGCGUUCACGCACAUCAAGCGCAUGCAGGAGGAGGAGCAGAAGAAAGCCCCGGGGGACGUGAUGGACCCCCGGGAGGCGGCGCAGGCCAUCUUCCCGUCCAUGGCGCGCGCCCUGCAGAAGUACCUGAGGACCACCAAGCAGCAGCACUGCCACAGCAUGGAGAGCAUCCAGCAGCACCUGGCCUUCUGCAUCACCAACAACAUGACGCCCAAGGCGUUCCUGGAGUGCUACCUGACCCCGGGUCCCACCCUGCAGUACAGCCGGGACCACUGGCGGGCACGUCAGUGGACGCUGGUCAGCGAGGCGUCGGUCACCAACGGCCUGAAAGACGGCUCCACCUUCGUGCUGCGGUGCGCGGACUUCAGCCUGGUGGUGACGACCAAGAGGAUCCCUUACAUCCAGAUGUCGGAGGAAUACAUCGACCCCAAGUCGCACAAGUUCGUACUGCGGCUACAGUCGGAAACCUCUGUGUAGGACCCCGAACUUUUUUUUUUUAAAUUCUUCACUCUGUUUCGUUGCUCUCAAAUGUUUUGGGUUUGCAGUUUUUAUUUUUUUUUAUAUAUUAUAUAUGAAUCUAUAUAUUACGCUCAUGUUUGAAUAUAUUGAUCUUUUUUUAUGUUUUGAUUUGGAUGAAAUCAAAAGAGAGAGGCCGGAUGAUGCACAAUCACUCGUUCCUUUUUUGUUUGUUUGAGCAAAACAAGACGGCGCGUUAGAGGUUCCUGACAUCGGCACAGAGACUCUGCUGUCUCGGUCGCUCUUUUAUUUCCACGGGACGGACGGACGGACAGAUAAACCACUAAGGACUGCGAUGGUUUGACUUGGAUUUAGGUGUUUUUAAGCCACACGGAAACGCAUGACAGAUAUCCUUGUCUGCAACAUUUGAAAGUGUUCGGAUGCUCAACCAAAUUAAAUGCAGACUUUGCAUUGAAUGCACAUCUAUGUAUGUUUUAUAAAUGAAAAUAAUUCACUGAAAUAGGACGGAACAUGUGAUCUCAGACUGUUUUCCUCUCCUCUCUAUCUCCUUAUCACUACAUCUAUAUCUGAAGAGUUCCGGACACUUCUUUGAGUCUUGACCCGAUUCUUCUCCAGGUGCAGUGGAGCAAAAUUCAAGAUAUUGUUCCACUCUAGUUGGAAACAACACACAGACACACGCCAUGUUUAACACCGGGUUGAAGUCACACCGAUCCAGAUCAUAAGAGACGCUGGACGCAUGCCCGUUAAAAACAUUUGCCCUGCCUCGUCGGUUCAGUAACCUUCUUAGGGCUUUCACGUCUGCCUGACACGAGGGAAAAUAAGGCAGCGAGGAGGAGAGACGGAGCCACGAUGUCACGGAUAAAACGUACUACUGAUUACUCUAAAACAGAAUUCCCCCUGUGUGGGUUACACAGCAGCAGUCGAAAUACUGUAAAUUCUGAUAUAAAAGCCGGAUUUUAAUUAAGCUUAUCCAGCGUGAACAAGUAUAGGCCCCUCCAUAAUAAAGCCCAGGUAAUAAAAUCAUUUACGGGGUGGAAUUACCUGUAUUCUACAACAACAGCUCUCAUGGUAAAUCUGGUUUAAUCUUCCACAGUACAGAUCAGAGUUUUUAUUGUUCUAUCUGCUUUCUAGUUGUUUCUUCUUUGCCGUACUCUGCUACCAGCAUUAAAGCUCAACACUUCCUUUUGUUUUUUCACAUUAAAAGCCUACACAUUAUUUACUUUUGCCUUCGUUUGACAGACAGUUGCAGAAAGCCCAGAGAGGCCAUUGAGGAAAAAAAUCUGUUGAUUCAUUUUCUCUAAGUCUGAUCUUAGUUGUUUUGUAAAAUCUUCUCUUUUUUAAAAAAAGGGAAGAAUGGGGGGAAAAAGUGUUGCGGAAGCAUUCGUGUUUUCUUCCAGGUGAGUGAAUUUUCACACCUGAAAAGAAAACAUGAAUGCUUUUCAGUCCUCUUUAGAACAGGGGGUAGUUGGGAACUUGUGGCCAAAACUAGUAUUACAACAACAAAUGCAAAACGAUCCUGACACUAAAUGUUUCCCCAGUCAAUUUUUGAUUUUUUUCUCAUCUGUGCGAACAGGUGAACAGAGUAACUUAAAAAUAUAUAAAGCCCAAAAGGUCCUCCAACAACACCUAAUGAUUUACUAAAGGUAAAUCGAUGAGCAAAGAAGAGAAAAUAAUUUAGAUCAGAAAAAGGAUCACUGGAAUGCUUUGCUUUUAUUUCUCUCUCGGCAUUCAGGGCCUCUGUUGCCAACCGUGUAGAUAGACAGGAAAUUUACGACAUGCAUCAAAGGUCCUUAGUUGGUAAUUCAACCAUGUAUGUUAAAUGUAAGUGUUGAGUUUCAUUCAUGGUAGCAGAACAUCGUUAUCAAGACUCUUGCUGCACUGAUGGAAUUAGUGCUGUGGAAAUGGACACAGCACUAAAUCUAUCAACACAGUAAAGGCCACUAUUUGAGAAUUGACUCCAGUAAAGGUAUGAUAUAAUCUUUCAGCGUUUUGCUUGAGUUUAUUAGCAGUGAGAGCUGCAGCAGGGCGGAACCUCCCUCCCAACAGGACCGUCUGGUUUUCCUUUACUACCUUGUCUCACCUCUGUUCUCUGACAUACACGCUGACAGUGAAUCCCUCGAGGUCAGAAGGGAGUUCUUUCUAUCACCUGAUGAAUCAGCCAGAAGAAUCCAGCUAAAGGCACAAAAAAAAAGACAUUUUUUUUUACAUCAUGGCAACACCCUGUCGGAACUGAUCCGGUAAAUUCAGCCAAAGUGGUGAAAGAGCUCAUGUGUAACUCACUCAAGAAGACAAAUGUGUCAUAGUGAUGGUAACGUCUGUGGCUCUGAGCAGGGUUGUCCCCUACUGCCCCCUGGCUGUUAAACUUAACAUUGUCAGUUUGUCUACCUGAGGGCAGAAGCAACAUGUUUUCAUAAAUAAAAUCAUCAUCAUUUUAGCAAAAAACAUUUUUUCACAGUAAACUAGUAACUGUUAAAGCAACUGGGAACAACGCAAAAAAACCAACAACACUUCUUUAUUUGAAGCGUGUGCCACUGGUCACAUUUUAUACCUACUGACAGAUGAACUUUGUACGCUCCCAAUGUGAUUGUGCCUCCUGUUUUUACACUGUAUCUAUUUAUGUCAACAAGCAUGUGUGUGUGUGUGUGUGUGUGUGUGUGUAUGUAAGUAUGUAUGCCAUUCCAGUUCACACGACCAGCCUUUUACCCCCCCUCCCCUUCCUCUACAUCACCCCCGUCUGUCACGCUGUUGCCGGGUUACAAUCCUCUGUGAUGAAGAUGACGUGACAUUGCAAUGUAAGACAUGUUUCACUUUCACAGGUAUUAGCAUUUGUAUAAAAAUAAUAAACAUUUUUAUGAAUAUUUGUAAAACUGCUGUAUGGGACCAUGUGGAAAUGAAUGAGUUU